AGACAGCAGAACAGACAGACAGACAAACAGACAGACAGAACAGACAGACAGACAAACAGACAGACAGAACAGACAGACAGACAGAGAGAGAGACAGACAGAACAGACAGACAGACAGCAGACUGAUAAAACAUAUUGACGUGCAUUAACUCAGAGGAAACAUUGGAUUUAUAAAGAAACACUUUUAAAAAAGAGCUCCAUCAUGGCGGCAGCCAGCAUCUCUCGCUCUGGAUCAGCAGCUCCCAGUCUGGCCUUCGAAGAUUAUUCUCUCUACAGUAACCUGAGUGAUGACGAGCUGCUGCAUCUCGCCAUCGAGCGCAGUCUGACCGACACACACCGCAACACCGCCAACACCAACACUGCUGCCACUGCCACCGCGUCUCCUCACCAACCUGACAGCAACAGCCUGAACCCUACAGUCAGAAACGCCAGCCAACCCAGCCACCGCUCCCACAAUCCACCUGCAAACUACAGUGCCCAUAAUCCACCUCCAGCCCAGCCCACUGCACACUACAGUUCUCCAAAUCCUCCGAGUGAAAAGCCUCCUGAUCCGAGGACGUUUGAUGGAACAGUCAGUCACUUUAUGACGGGUUCUGGGAAGAGGAUGGUGGCGUAUCGCAGAGCUGACGGCAAUCUGGUCCACAUCGCUCCAGAACCUGAAGAAGAGGAGGAGCCUCUGUUCAAAGCAAUCCACGAUGGUGAUGCGAGCAGAGUGAAAGCGUUGGUGAUGCGUCCGGGAACAAACCUGAUGCUGCCGAGUAAACCAGGCUGGCUUGCGAUUCACCACGCGGCGUGGUACGGCCAGGACACCUGCCUGAGAGUGCUGCUGUCAGCUCAGCCGGGGAUGAUCAACAAGCGAACGGAGCGCGGGGAUUCUGCGCUGCUGGUCGCCGUCAGCAAAGAGCAGCUUCACUGCGUUCAGGUGCUGCUGGAAAGCGGAGCGGACAUCGACAUCACGAACUAUGACAGAGAGACUCCGCUCUACAAAGCCUGUGAGAGGAACAGUGCUGCGAUGGUGGCGGCGUUGUUGAACCAUGGUGCGGCCGUGAACACUCACUGUAUUCAGGGUUGGACUGCCCUGCAGGAAGCAGUGUGUCGAAACAACGUGGAGAUCUGUGAGAUGCUGCUGAAGGCCGGAGCCAAACACAACCUCACCAACAUGUAUGGCAUCUCACCACUGUUUACUGCAGCUCAGAGCGGGCAGCUCGCCACGCUGCGCUUCCUCCUCAAACACGGUGCAGACAUUAACAGUCAGGCUGCUGACGGAGCCACCGCUCUGUAUGAAGCUGCUAAGAAUGGACAUGAAGAAAUCGUGGAGCUUCUCCUCUCUCAGAACGCUGACGCCAACAAACCUGGAAAGACCGGGUUAUUACCACUUCACAUCGCUGCCCAGAGAGGAAGUGACACCAUCGUCUCCAUGUUGAUCCCAGCCACCAGUAAGGCCAGAGUCCGGCGGACUGGCAUCAGCCCGCUUCACCUCGCCGCUGAGUAUAACCGUGACGUUGUCCUAGAGGCUCUGAUCGAGGCGGGCUUCGACGUCAACGCUCAGCUGUCUGAAGAACGAUCAAAGUUGUAUGAGGACCGCCGUAGCACGGCGCUCUACUUCUCCGUCAUCAACAACAACCUAGAUGCUGUGCAUAUGCUGCUGGCAGCUGGCGCCAACCCAAACCUGGACGUGUUCAGGCCGCUGAUGGUGGCAGCGAGGCUGGGCUGCAUCCAGACGGUCAACCUGCUAGUGGAGCACGGAGCUGACAUCAACGCCUGCAUCCCCACACACCCCACCACCUUCCCCGCUGUCUACAUGUUCUCCAUGAAGUACCUGCCCAUGUUCAAGUACCUGCUGGACCAUGGAGGCCACGCCCUCUCCUGCUUCGACUGUGUCUACAGCAGCCAACCUCAUCCACCAAUCAAAACAACCCGAUCAGAGAGUGACAACCUCCGCUACACCGACGGAGUCCUGCCAGAUACACAGCAAAGGAGAGGUGUUCAGUUUUGUGAGAUGAUCUCGGCCCCAAAUAUCUGUCGGUGGGCGGGGCCGAUCAUUGAUGUCCUGUUGGACUACGUUGGUCACGUGACUCUCUGCUCCAGACUGAUGGAACACCUGGACAGUUACUCCGACUGGAGCGUCAUCAAGGACAAAGCAGUACCUCCACGGCCGCUGCAGCAGCUCUGCAGGCUGCAGAUACUGCAGCUGGUUGGACGUCAACAUCUGAUGAAGUUACCGCUGCCUGGAGGUCUGAUCCGGUUUCUGAAACACCAGGAGGGAUCUGUGGAUGACUGCUGAACCAAAACCUAAUAAUUAUACAGUUCAUCCAGUUUACUGAAAGGAGGGUAUUGAUUAGUAUUGAUUACUGGCCGUUGCUGAGGCUGCAGACAUUUCACACAUGAUGAAAAUAUGAACAGACUGAAUGAAUUCACAUCUUGUUUCUUCUUCUCUCUGUCAGCAAGCAGAGCAAGCUGCCUGUGUUGUUCUCCUUGUAAUGAGUGAAUCCAGGAUUUUUACAACACAUCCCAGAUGUUUCCAGGUGUUUCCAGGUACAAACUGAAGUUGGAUCUGCAAACAGAAGCUCCUGGACUAAUCUGGUUUAAGCUGAUGUUCCUGCAGUGUUUUGUUUCUCAUGUUUCUCUGCUGUAGAAGUCAAAUAAAAACUAAGAGGUGAUGGUUUGUUGAGGGUACCAGGUGUUUCCAGGGAGCUUCAGUUCCUUCUAUACUGGAUAAAGCUCCUCCUAAACACCUCCUGAAUGUUAUUUAUUUAUUUUAUUUUCACUAAAACGUGAGGCUGAGAGUGAAUAUAACAAGGUUAAUUAAUAUUAAAAAUAUACAUUUUUGAAAUUGAAUAAAUAGCUACCACCCCGAACACCACAGCAACCGCUUAUCAAUCUCUUGGAAACAUCAUAGCAACCACCUGUUACUGGAUAAAUGCCACAAACCACAUUUCAAAAAUGUGUAACUUUCUAGACUGCAACAUGCGGCUGAGCAGACAGUGCCAAUGGGAGGUCAACUGACCCACAACAUGAAACACAUUCGUCCUAAUAGUAACUUGGCAUUAACAUUGUAUAUUUGCAGACGUAUUGUUUAUUUCUCAGGUUAAGACUUUAAUAUAGCUGUAGUUAAUUCUUUACUACAAACAAAUACAAGCUUUCUUAGUUCAUAGAUUGUCCACUUUAUUGUCUUUGAGAUUAAUUAUGUCUGUAAAUCUUCUGGUGUAUGGACACCCUGUGGACAAAGUUUUAUAGGACGUUCAGUGUAACUAACUGAUUGUGUGCGUUGUGGGUUAUAUUCUAGUUCAUUAUUGUGAUAUUUGUUAUUAACUUUAGUUUAUGAACUUAUGAAUAACCACUUUAACAGUAAAAGGUGUUUUUUCUUCCACUGAUCUGAUAACAGUCAGAGAGUUUUAUGUCUUCAAAGAAUCACAAACUUUUGGAUCAGUUCAUUUUUAAGUAAACUGUUUAAAUAAUUAGCAUUUCUGUAAAUGUGUCAGUGUUUGCCAACUGGCUAUUUUCAACUGCCCUGAAACCAAUAAAGCACUAACAAGUCAGUGAAUGCAAUGCAGAGCAACAGGAAGUGACAGUACAAUGAACAUAUGCACACCACACACAUCAGCCAUGCAGAGCAAUGAGACAGAGAUAAAGUCAAAUGUUAACCAAUAAUAUUGAUCUUAAUAAAAUGUUAAUAGAAAUAGUUGAUAAAAUUAUAUCACAUAUUAAACACAUGAGCCAGCAGUCCAAUGUCAUUAGAUAUCACUGUAUAAAUAUUAAUACCACAUUGUGGACAAUUCCUUUCCAACCUUCCUCUACCUGUCCCAACUGCUUCCUGUGUGGGUGGAGCCGAUACAGGAACCCAGCUCGCCUGUGGUGAACCCUCUCUGAACAAAGAAGCUGGCCUAAUGUGGACGCCUCAUCCUGCAGUAGUUUGGACUGUAAAUCAUUUUUAAGUUUGUUUUGUUUGAUAGUUUCUGAAUGCAUUUCUAUCUUUAAUAGUUUUAUGAUUUGUUUCAGUAGAGGGGAAGUUACUGUUUCAUUAGUAAGUUUGGACAAUAAUUGUGUUUGACGUGAAGUGAUGUUUGUUGUGAUGAGGAAUUAUGUUGUUGUGUUGCUGAAUAUUUUCUGUUGAUUUUUUCCUCCUGUUGUGAGACAAACCAAUUCAAACUGUUCCUCAUUAAAAGCAUGGACUCAUCUGCCCUAACAGGCAAA